AUGUUGUUUGUCUUCUGUCUUGUGUUCUUUGAUGCACUUGCGUGGGCCGCCCAUGAAAAGCUCAGCUAUGUCACAGAGCCACCACAAGUCUACGUCGCCCCAAAGCCUACAAACAUCACGACAUUGUUAGAUUUCAUCGACUCAAGAGAGGAUCUUUCAAAUCUGUCUCAGAUAUUACGAGAGCCAGCAGGUUUUGCGAAGGCAUUUGACACUGCUCCCACUUGGCCCUUUACUUUCUUCGCUCCGAGUAACGAGGCCUUCGAGCACACCGGCGCCUACUUUUCCUCCUUUGCUGCAACACCAAAGGGCAAAUGGUGGAUCGGCAAUUUGAUCAAUCACCACUAUAUCCCUAAUUCACAGCUAACGACCAGCCACUUCAACUCAACUUUGUCGCGUGUACAGGUCCGUGUAAUCCUCCGCUUGCUGCCUGCAGAGGACAUCCCAUUUGACAUUAUCUUCAAGUAG